UUUCUCUAUUUAUUAAGUAAAUUCAAAAUUAAAGGUAGUGUUUUGUAAAGUUUUUUAAAAGUGCCAAUACCGUGUAUACUUUAAUAGCAUUAGCUUGUGUUUCUUUUGCGUACCUUCAUAAAAAAUAGAUACAGGCACACACGGAUUGUUUGACAGCCCAUGAUUUGGCUAUAUUCGCGCCAUGUUGCAUUAGAUUAUUAACAAAUUUCGAAUAGUUCAGUACAUAUCUUUAAACAGUUUAAUACAGAAUAUAGUUGUUUGGUUUGUGCACAGUUUUGAGUUAAGUGAGUGACUCAGAAAUUAGAGCUUCGUUGUGUAGUUUUUUGACUAGCUUGCAAGGUUGAAACAAUAACUAGUAGUAAAAAUGGCAGAUAAUCUCGAUGACUCACAUUUUGAAACUGGAGACUCUGGAGCCUCUGCAACAUACCCUAUGCAAUGCUCAGCCCUACGUAAAAACGGUUUCGUAAUGUUGAAGUCUAGACCAUGCAAGAUUGUUGAAAUGUCCACAUCCAAAACUGGUAAACAUGGUCACGCUAAAGUCCACUUGGUUGGUAUUGAUAUCUUCACAGGUAAAAAAUAUGAAGAUAUUUGUCCUUCUACACACAACAUGGAUGUACCCCAUGUUAAACGUGAAGAUUAUCAGUUGACAGAUAUUUCUGAUGAUGACUACUUAUCCCUUAUGUCUGAUAAUGGUGAAUUACGUGAAGAUUUAAAAGUUCCAGAUGGUGAAGUUGGUGGUACAGUACGUGCAGAACAUGCUGCCGGCAAGGAUAUAUUAUGUACCGUACUGAAGUCUUGUGGUGAAGAAGUCGUUAUUGCAGUAAAAACAAAUACUGCUCUUGAUAAAUAAUAAUAGCCGGUUGUAAGACAGCGGGGUCGAGAACGCAGGCGUCAUCCUUUGUCUACUGGGGAUCCCCGCUUUUAUAUUUUAUGAAUAUAUUUAUCAUAUUGGACCAUCAGUUAUCAAACAAAUAAAGCUUAUCUAAUGCCCGACGCCCUGUCAACCGGCAUCCGACGUUGAUGUGGUGUAAUUUUACAUCUAUCUGUAAUUUGUUGGCAAAAUUACUUGCAAAGCUACAUUUUCGUUCAAUAAAUCGUAAUUUAAUUUUAA